AUGAGUCGAGACGAUGACUUGACUCGCGAAGAGUCAAGAUCCCAUGCCUUGACCCGCGAACCAACACGCGAAGAAAAGACGCGAGAGGCUAUUGCCGAGGGUCACGAUGCAGAUAUUCCUAGCAACAUUGGCUUUAUCCCCACGCCAGCAGACGAGCAAAGAAGAGCUAGUCUCACGAGUCAUCGACGUGCAAGCCAUGCAAGAGCCUCCCUGGAGCCAGAAAAACAUGCCGAGGGUGAUGACGUGAGAGAUGAGGAAGAAGGUGGUUCGCAAACGCAGAGCGAGAGCGAUAUUGUUUGGUGGGAUGGUGAUAAGGAUCGCCAGAAUCCGUACAACUUUGCGACUUGGAAGAAGGUCCUCAAUUGUGUGCUCGUGAGCGCGCUGACGUUCGUCACUCCCUUGGCUUCUUCCAUGUUUGCACCCGGUGUGCCGCAACUUAUGGUCGAGUUCGGCAGCCAAAGUCGUGAACUUGCAUCCUUCUGUGUGUCGGUUUAUGUUCUCGGUUUCGCUGCAGGUCCUAUGAUCUUCGCUCCUCUAUCGGAACUUUAUGGACGUCAAAUAGUCUAUCACUGCUGCAACGUUGGCUUCAUCGUGUUCGUUAUUGCCUGCGCCAAAGCUCCCUCGCUGAGCAGCUUCAUCGCAUUCCGCUUCCUCAGUGGCACAUUUGGCUCGACACCCAUCACCAACGGCGGCGGUACAAUCGCAGAUAUGAUCGUUCAGGAGAAGCGAGGUGCGGCAAUGGCGAGCUUCAGUAUCGGUCCGCUUCUUGGACCCAUCAUUGGGCCAGUCGUUGGUGGUGUUAUCACUGAUGCCCUAGGCUGGCGAUGGGUAUUUUGGAUCAUUGCUAUCAUAUCCGGCGUCCUGUCCUCUAUCUUCUUCUUCGCCUCUGAAGAGACCUACGCACCCGUCAUUCUCGCACGAAAAACAAAGAGACUCCAGAAGGAAACAGGCAACGACCGCCUCCGAUCUAAACUCGACGCUGGCCUCAGUCCCGCGGAUUACUUCAAGCGCGGUAUCCUUCGCCCAUUCAAGAUGCUCCUCUUCUCACCGAUCUGCAUCAUUUGCGGUGUAUACGUCGGUCUCGCAUAUGCAUACCUCUACCUCCUCUUCACGAGUCUCACACCUCUGUUUAUGAAAAUCUACCACUUCAACACGGUUCACGCAGGCCUGACAUUCCUUGGUCUUGGUGUGGGUAGUAUGAUUGGUGUAGCAUACUUUUCUGUCUCGAGUGACAAGUACAUGAAAAAGAAGGCUGCAGCUACUAAGGAGCAAGGCAUUGACGAUCCCGCUGAAUCAAUGAGGCCUGAGAAUCGACUCCCGCCCCUGAGGAUUGGUGCCGUUCUGCUUCCAGCUGGUUUCUUCAUUUACGGAUGGACUGCUGAGUACCAUACUCAUUGGAUUGCACCUAUUCUUGGAACAUGUGUUAUUGGUGUCGGAAACCUGGUCAUCUUCAUGUCACUGCAGAUGUACCUCAUCGACAGUUUCACCAUCUACGCAGCCUCCGCCCUCGCCGCCAACGCCGUUAUGCGAUCAAUCGCCGGUGCAUUCCUACCUCUCGCGGGACUGCCAAUGUACGAUAAACUCGGUAUGGGAUGGGGAAACAGUCUCUUGGGCUUCAUCGCUGCUGCGCUAAUCCCUGCGCCGUGGUUGUUCAUCAAGUACGGAGAGCAUUUGAGAAAGAAAUUUGAGAUCAAGGAUUUAUAG